UUGGACUCUUCCCAGGAACUGAUGUGCGUGCGCGUGGUGGGCCAUUAUGCUGCUGCACCUGUGUAGUGUGAAGAAUCUGUACCAAAACAGGUUUUUAGGCCUGGCCGCCAUGGCGUCUCCAUCUCGAAAUUCUCAGAGCCGGCGCCGGUGCAAGGAGCCACUCCGCUACAGCUACAACCCUGACCAGUUCCACAACAUGGACAUCAGGGGUGGCCCUCAUGAUGGCGUCACCAUCCCCCGCUCCACCAGUGACACCGACCUUGUCACCUCAGACAGCCGCUCCACGCUCAUGGUCAGCAGCUCCUACUAUUCCAUAGGGCACUCACAGGACCUGGUGAUCCACUGGGACAUCAAGGAGGAGGUGGACGCAGGGGAUUGGAUUGGCAUGUACCUUAUCGAUGAAGUCUUGUCUGAAAACUUUCUGGACUAUAAGAACCGUGGAGUCAAUGGUUCUCAUCGGGGACAGAUCAUCUGGAAGAUAGAUGCCAGCUCUUACUUUGUGGAACCUGAAACUAAAAUCUGCUUCAAAUACUACCAUGGAGUGAGUGGAGCCCUGCGAGCCACCACCCCCAGUGUCACGGUCAAAAACUCAGCAGCUCCUAUUUUUAAAAGCAUUGGCUCUGAUGAGACCGUCCAAGGGCAAGGAAGUCGGAGACUGAUCAGCUUUUCUCUCUCAGAUUUCCAGGCCAUGGGGCUGAAGAAAGGAAUGUUUUUCAACCCAGACCCAUAUCUGAAGAUUUCCAUCCAGCCCGGGAAGCACAGCAUCUUCCCUGCCCUCCCUCAUCACGGGCAGGAGAGGAGAUCCAAGAUCAUAGGCAACACCGUGAACCCCAUCUGGCAGGCUGAGCAAUUCAGUUUUGUGUCCUUGCCCACUGACGUGCUAGAAAUUGAGGUGAAGGACAAGUUUGCCAAGAGCCGCCCUAUCAUCAAGCGCUUCCUGGGAAAGUUGUCGAUGCCUGUCCAGAGACUACUGGAGAGACACGCCAUAGGGGAUAGGGUGGUCAGCUACACACUUGGACGAAGGCUUCCAACAGAUCAUGUGAGUGGACAGCUGCAAUUCCGAUUUGAGAUCACUUCUUCCAUCCACCCAGAUGAUGAAGAGAUUUCACUAAGCACUGAGCCUGAAUCCUCAGAAACUCAGGGCAACCUCAUGAACAGCCUGGUGGGAAGUGGCCGUGGGGAUCCUCCAGAUGAUGCAAUCAAUCCCUGCGAGAGAUUGAAGGCGGUGCCCUCGGGCGAGGACAACACCUUAUUUGGUGCAGAAAGUCAGAUCCUGGAGCCUGCAGGGCCCGUAGAGGAUGUGUCAUGCACCGCAGAGGCAGACAACCACGGCAAGGUGUUUGAGGACGCCGAGGGGGCUGGGGAGCCGCAGGAUACCCAGCCCUCCCUGAGUGCAGAGGAACUGGCCGAAGGGCUCGGCCUGGAUGAUGAGGCACCACCUUCGCUGCUUUUGGAGGAUGGAGAUGCUUUUACCAGCAAGGAGGAGCCGGGGCAGGAGGAAGCGGCGACAGGGAUUGGAGCAGGAGGGGAGGCAGAGGAAGAGGAGGCAGAGAAGCAGGAGCAAGGGGAGGAGGAGGUGGAGGUGGAAGAGGGUGAGCCUUGCAACCCUGAGCCGGAAGACCUUGCACUGCAGCUGAGGGGAUCGACCAAAAGGAGGAGCCGGCCCUGCUCGCUGCCGGUGUCGGAGCUGGAGACGGUGAUUGCAGCAGCCUGCGCGGACCCGGAGACGCCGCGCACGCACUACAUCCGUAUCCACGCGCUGCUGCACAGCCUGCCUUGCGCGCGUGAGGAGGGCGGCAUGGAAGAGGAGCCCACGCUGCGCGAUGCCUCAGACAAGGACGUGCUCAGCGAGGCAGAUACUCUAGCAGCUGAGCCACCAGCGAUGGAUGAGGACGGAGCUGAGCACCAGGGAGGCCCUCCAGGCCCGGAGACCCCAGGUCACCCCGGAGGCCACCUCCCCGGCCCCGAGGGUGAUGCACACCCCAGCACAGGCAGCGAGAGCGACUCCAGCCCGCGGCAGGGUGGCGAGCACAGCUGUGAGGGCUGCGACGCGUCGUGCUGUAGCCCCUCGUGCCACAGCUCCUCGUGCUACAGCGCGUCGUGCUACAGCUCCUCCUGCUACAGCGCUUCCUGCCACAGCCCCUCCUGCUACAACGGCGGCAGCCGCUUCGCCAGCCACACGCGCUUCUCCUCAGUGGACAGCGCCAAGGCCUCCGAGAGCACGGUCUUCUCCUCGCAGGACGACGACGAGGAGGAGAACAGCGCCUUCGAAUCGGUGCCAGACUCUAUGCAGAGCCCCGAGCUGGACCCUGAGGCCACCAAUGGCGCGGGGCCUUGGCAGGACGAGCUGGCUGGACCCGGAGGGACGGUGGCAAGAACUGCAGAAGGUCUGGAAUCCCCCAUGGCAGGUCCGAGUCAUCGGAGAGAAGGUGAAUGUCCUAUUCUCCAUAAUUCCCAGCCAGUAAGCCAGCUUCCUUCCCUGAGGCCUGAACAUCACCACUACCCAACAAUCGAUGAGCCUCUUCCACCAAACUGGGAAGCUCGGAUUGACAGCCAUGGGCGGGUCUUUUAUGUGGAUCAUGUGAACCGCACCACCACUUGGCAGCGCCCAACCGCGGCAGCCACCCCCGACGGGAUGCGAAGAUCUGGCUCAGUCCAGCAGAUGGAGCAGCUCAACAGGCGGUAUCAAAACAUUCAACGAACCAUUGCAACAGAGAGGCCUGAGGAAGACUCUGCCAGCCAAAGCUGUGAGCAAGCCCCCGCUGGAGGAGGUGGAGGUGGAGGGAGUGACUCAGAGGCUGAAUCUUUCCAGUCGAGCUUAGAUAUGAGGAGAGAAGGGUCACUUUCUCCAGUGAAUUCACAGAAAAUCACCUUGCUGCUGCAGUCCCCUGCCGUCAAGUUCAUUACCAAUCCCGAAUUCUUCACCGUGCUGCAUGCCAAUUAUUCGUUUUUCGUGGACCACAACAGUCGAGCCACCACUUUCAUUGACCCCCGCAUCCCUCUCCAGAACGGCCGCCUUCCCAACCAUCUGACUCAUCGCCAGCACCUCCAGAGGCUGCGAAGCUACAGCGCCGGCGAGGCCUCAGAAGUUUCUAGAAACAGAGGAGCCUCUUUACUGGCCAGGCCAGGACACAGCCUGGUAGCUGCAAUUCGAAGCCAACAUCAACAUGAGUCAUUGCCUCUGGCAUAUAAUGACAAGAUUGUGGCAUUUCUUCGCCAGCCAAACAUUUUUGAAAUGUUACAAGAGCGUCAGCCAAGCUUGGCGAGAAACCACGCACUCAGGGAGAAAAUCCAUUAUAUUCGGACCGAGGGUAAUCAUGGACUUGAGAAGUUGUCUUGUGAUGCAGAUCUAGUCAUUCUGCUCAGUCUUUUUGAAGAAGAGAUCAUGUCCUACGUCCCCCUACAGGCUUCCUUCCACCCUGGGUACAGCUUCUCGCCCCGCUGCUCACCCUGCUCCUCCCCGCAGAACUCCCCAGGUUUACAGAGAGCCAGUGCGAGAGCCCCUUCACCAUACCGGAGAGACUUUGAGGCCAAGCUCCGCAACUUCUACCGAAAACUAGAAGCCAAAGGAUUUGGACAGGGUCCAGGGAAAAUUAAGCUCAUCAUUCGCCGGGACCACUUGUUGGAAGGAACUUUUAACCAGGUGAUGGCCUAUUCCCGCAAGGAGCUCCAAAGGAACAAGCUCUACGUCACCUUUGUUGGAGAGGAGGGCCUGGACUACAGCGGUCCUUCUCGAGAGUUCUUCUUCCUUUUGUCUCAGGAGCUCUUCAACCCAUACUACGGACUCUUUGAGUACUCUGCGAAUGAUACUUACACGGUGCAGAUCAGCCCCAUGUCAGCAUUUGUAGAAAACCAUCUUGAAUGGUUCAGGUUUAGCGGUCGUAUCCUCGGCCUGGCCCUGAUCCAUCAGUACCUCCUGGAUGCCUUCUUCACGAGGCCUUUCUACAAGGCUCUCCUGAGGCUGCCCUGCGACUUGAGUGACCUGGAAUAUCUGGAUGAGGAAUUCCACCAGAGCUUGCAAUGGAUGAAGGACAACAACAUCACAGAUAUCCUUGACCUCACUUUCACUGUUAACGAAGAAGUUUUUGGACAGGUAACAGAAAGGGAGUUGAAGUCUGGUGGAGCCAACACGCAGGUGACGGAGAAGAACAAGAAGGAAUACAUCGAGAGGAUGGUGAAGUGGCGGGUGGAGCGUGGCGUGGUGCAGCAGACAGAGGCGCUGGUGCGGGGCUUCUAUGAGGUUGUAGACUCAAGACUCGUCUCAGUGUUCGAUGCGAGGGAGCUGGAGCUAGUGAUCGCUGGUACCGCAGAGAUUGACCUAAAUGACUGGAGGAAUAACACUGAGUACCGGGGAGGCUAUCAUGAUGGGCAUCUCGUGAUCCGCUGGUUCUGGGCCGCGGUGGAGCGCUUCAAUAAUGAGCAGAGACUGAGAUUGCUGCAGUUCGUCACAGGGACAUCAAGUGUGCCCUAUGAAGGCUUCGCAGCUCUCCGAGGGAGCAAUGGGCUUCGGCGCUUCUGCAUUGAGAAAUGGGGGAAAAUCACAUCUCUCCCCAGGGCACACACAUGCUUCAACCGACUGGAUCUUCCACCAUAUCCCUCUUACUCCAUGUUGUAUGAAAAGCUAUUGACAGCAGUAGAAGAAACCAGCACAUUUGGACUUGAGUGA